AUGGUUUGCUUUUGUUUUCUGGUAGACCAGAGGAGGAAAGUGUGGCGGAGCAAGCCGGUGGCUGGGACAUGUUCGAGAUGUGGGCGUGGAGCGAGCGUGGCUGACAUAAAGACUUCGACUAGGUUUUGUUAUGUUCCAUUUUACUGGAAAUCUUGGAAGGCAAUCAUGUGUACUUUUUGUGGAGCCAUUCUUAAAUCUUACAGAUGA